CGUUUCUUUCAUGUUUCGAACUUCAAACGACAAAAAAAAGUGAUAUUUUUCUUUUUUUUCCCUGCUUCCCAUCUUCUUUCACCUUUUUAUUUUUUCUCUUGAAGAAAGAAAGAAAAACCCUAGAAUCCGUUUCUUGAAGGUAAUUAUUUCCAAAUAUGGAAAUAAAUAGAGGCGUAUUAAUAGUAGUUUUAAUUGUAGUUUCGAGUGCUGGGUUGGGUUUAGCUGGUGAUAUUGUUCAUCAAGACGACGUUGCUCCAAAGAGACCUGGUUGUGCUAAUAAUUUUGUUCUGGUAAAAGUCCCGACAUGGAUUAAUGGUUUAGAAGACAACGAAUAUGUUGGUGUUGGUGCUCGUUUUGGACCUACUUUGGAGUCAAAAGAAAAACAUGCAAACCAUACCAGGCUUGCACUUGCAGAUCCUCCUGAUUGUUGCAGCAAACCUAGGAAUCAGCUUACAGGGGAGGUUAUUCUGGUGCAUCGAGGUAACUGUAGUUUCACAAUGAAGGCAAAUGUUGCUGAAGAAGCCGGUGCUUCUGCCAUCCUCAUAAUAAACAACCAAACAGAGCUUUUCAAGAUGGUUUGUGAAUCUGAUGCUGAUGUAGAUAUAAAAAUACCAGCUCUUAUGCUCCCUCAAGAUGCCGGUUCACGUUUGGAGAAAUAUAUAAGUAACAACACCAUGGUUUCUGUUGCACUUUACUCUCCCAAGCGGCCGGCAGUUGAUAUUGCUGAAGUGUUUUUGUGGUUAAUGGCUGUUGGUACCAUUUUGUGUGCUUCUUAUUGGUCUGCUUGGACUGCUAGAGAAGUUGCUAUUGAGCAAGACAAGCUGCUAAAGGAUGCAUCAGAAGAAAUUCUAGAAGUUAGAGGUGCAGGUUCUAGUGGUUUUGUUGACAUAAAUACAAUGUCAGCAAUUUUCUUUGUUGUGGCUGCUUCAUGUUUCUUGGUCAUGCUCUACAAGCUUAUGUCAUUCUGGUUUGUUGAGGUUCUUGUGGUUCUGUUUUGCAUCGGUGGAGUAGAGGGCUUGCAAACGUGCUUGGUGACUUUGUUAUCAUGUUUCAGGUGUUUUCAACGCUUUGCAGAAUCAUUUAUUAAAGUACCCUUAUUUGGAGCUGUUUCGCAUCUGACACUGGCUGUCUGUCCCUUUUGCAUAACAUUUGCUGUUGUUUGGGCAGUGUAUCGUCGUAUAUCCUUUGCCUGGAUAGGGCAAGAUAUUCUUGGUAUUGCACUUAUAAUCACAGUCCUUCAGAUUGUUCGUGUGCCAAAUCUCAAGGUUGGAACAGUUCUUCUGGGUUGUGCUUUCUUGUAUGAUAUCUUCUGGGUAUUUGUUUCCAAAUGGUGGUUUCAUGAGAGCGUGAUGAUAGUGGCAACUCGUGGUGAUAAAAGUGGAGAGGAUGGCAUACCAAUGCUACUAAAAAUUCCCCGGAUCUAUGAUCCUUGGGGUGGCUACAGUGUUAUUGGAUUUGGAGACAUUAUCUUACCUGGACUGCUUGUGGCAUUUUCACUAAGAUAUGAUUGGCUGACAAAAAAGACUCUUCGAGCAGGGUACUUCAUAUGGGCAAUGACUGCUUAUGGUUUAGGUCUUCUAGUCACGUAUGUGGCCUUGAACUUGAUGGAUGGACAUGGCCAACCUGCGUUGCUUUACAUUGUUCCUUUCAUUCUUGGGACAUUUAUUACAUUGGGGAAAAAGAGAGGUGAUCUCAAAACUCUCUGGACAAGAGGAGAACCGGAAAGGCCUUGUCCGCAUGUCCAACUUCAGCCCUUAGAACAGAGAGAAUAAUGGUAAUAAAACCCUGUACAAUAAGUACCUCAAAUGUGUGCCAGUUGAUAAACCUUUUUGCUCUUUUAGGUUGUAGAGAAGCUACAAAUGUAAUAUUUGCAGUAUAGUUAUUGCAACACGUUUAGAAAUUAACCAGUAAAACAGACUAGUAUGAAACUAGUUCAGCUAA